CUUCGUUUCUAGGUGGGUGGUUUCAGUUUUGUGGUUUUCGAUAGAUUAUCCUCGCCUGCAAUUUAUUCGACAGUUUGGUUAUGGAUCGACAGUCGACGACGUCAUCGAACGCACGACUGAAAGAGUUUGGCCCGUGGACAGAGCAGUAUAGUUCAGCUGGGAAACGCUACUUCUAUAAUCGAGAAACUGAGGUGUCACAAUGGGAAAAACCCCCCGAAUGGCGAGAAUAUGAAAAGUUUCUAUCUGAAAAUGCCGCAAAUCAGAGUCCUGUCUCAUCUGCUUCUGGAGCUCGUAUUGCUCCAAGCAGUAAUGCUGCAGGAAUAUAUGUGGCCAAUUCAGCAGAUUCUGCUACAUCUGGUAAUAAUGGUGAUGUGAAGGAUAAAAUAAAAACGCAUGAUAUAACUCAGUCAGUCCUGAGAGUCAAACGCCCAAAAGUCGAAAUGAAAGAAGAGGAUGUAAUUGGUUCUGUGGUUUUUUCGGAAGAACAGCACCGACGAUUCCUAAGAGCAGAUGCACAAACAUCCACUCGUCGAUGGCCAACAGAAGAAUGGGAACAAAGUGCAGUGAAAGCUGAUGCAGCCGCACACAAUCUUACUUUGCAAAUUAUUUAUGUAUCUUGCGAUCUGAAAAGUGCUGGAUCGCUUGUCAAAACUGCUGAAAUGCGUUCUUCGUUAUUAGCACAAAAGUUGCAGUUUAUUGCAGAUCACCAACGACAGCUGGAAGCAAGUUUUGCACUCCCUUCACUUCCUUCUUUAAACAGUUAUCAAUGAUGUGCAUGUUUUGAUUAUAUAUAUCUAGAGAUAGCAGCUUAAGACUAAUUGGAUAUUUUAGUUUUUGAGUAAUGAUAUUCAUUUUGAACGUUUGGCAGUGUUUUAAGGGUUCUGAAUUUCCAUUACGACAAUGAUUGGUAGGUAAAUAUUUGCCAUUAUCUUGCGUUUUUUAUAUGCUAUCCUUUACAAGCAUGCAGUUAGACUUUGCACACUUGGAUAAUGGCAAUGGAUCGGUGAUUUAUAUUUGUUUCAACGAUUCAUCAUCCGCCUUUGAUAAAUCCAAUAUAUAAAAUACUUGAUUUUUAGUAAGCAACUGUAAACAAAAAAAAAAAGCUAAAACUGCAUUAUGUCGCAACACAGAAAAAUAUUUCCAACACAAAAAAAUUAAUAAAAGUAAAAUUCAUAGGAAGGUCCUACACCGGUCGUGCACA